GCUGCAAGAAGAUGUUGGCAUUGGUUUCGAUGGAGAUGUCGAAGCGGUGUACUGACGACCUUUCCGCAAAAGAAGCGCUGAUGCUGAAAGCCUUCGAAGCAGAUGCCAGCAAUGCCUCGAUUCAAGACAGCCUGUUAGACUGGCUGAUGGACCGCCUUAAUACAGGCAAUGACGAGAAUGAGUCAGUUUUGAUAUCCUUGCUUUUCACAAAGCAUGACAAAGUUCCGGAUGAGCUGCUUCCCAAGCUGUCUUUGCGGGAAGCUCAGAUUCAGCAACUGGCACCCAGCUUGUCUAUGAAGCUUGCAGACCAGCUCGCCCAAGCAAAGCGUGGUCCGGAAGGCGCGAGCAUAGCUGUCGUGGCUGCCAAAGCUUUUGAUGCAUGUGGCAGCAAGGAUGACGCGCAGAAGGCAUACAUCCGCGCCUAUCACAUGGACAGGCGGAAUGAGGAUGCGGCCCAUGGCGUAGUUGAAAGCUGCUCUUUGGCAAGCAAGACAUGUGCAGAACUACGGGAGUUGACGACCAAGCAGCAAGAACAAAUCAGCAAGCUGGAAGCCGAGAUCCAGGCACAAAAGGAACGCUUCACCCAGAUGGACAGCAAAUCGGAGCAGUCCAAUUUGAGUGUCGUAUGGACGAUUCCAGAAGCAGAUUGGAAAGAGGCACCAGGUUUAUUUCGUGAAAUCAAAGCAGUGAGCCCACAAUUCGGCAUUGGGCACGGCGUGACCUGCAAGCUGACUUGCAGUCGUUGCUUCACGAUGAAUGAGGUAAGAAUGGAGACAAACGUGAAAUGCGCAAUGUCUGGUGAAAUACUUGUGGAUUCCUCGGCGCCUGUAAAAUUCCAGGAGCAGGACCUGAGCAGCAGACAUGAUGUGAAAGUAGGCAGGUGCAGAGGCCGUCCCAGCAAGAUCACUGUGAAAUUCAAUUCUUUGCGAACGCAGGACAAUUCGAUCACAUGCACCAUUAAGCUGUGA